AUGCCAGCGAAAGCUCCCAUAGACGAGAACGUGAAGUUCCUGUUCGCAUGUCUUAUCAGGAGUGAUUAUAAAACUGUUUGUUUCCCCCCUCUUCACCCGUUGUGGGAUGCCGGGAGAAGUCUAAUACAAAAUAAGUAGAUCGACUUCACCCGCGUGGCAGCAGACUUCAGUAUCAACCCUGCGGCAGCCAGGAUGCGCUGGAGCAGGCUCAAGAAGACCAUCAAUGUAGAUGACAUUGCCUCUUCGAUACUGGACGGGAAGAAGAAGAGGAUGAGUAAGCCUCGGUCAUCCCCACCUUGUUCCGUUAAGGUGGAAAUAGUCGAGAACGAUACUUUGGAACCUCCUCCCGCUGCCUCAGCAGUGGGAAUUACGUUUAAGGUGGAGGAGGAAGUCCCGCCGGAGGGAUUGGCGCCGGUGCUAUUCGCUGGCUUGCCAAAACCGCCGAACCCCAAGAGGGCCAGGGCCGAGGAGCAGGUUGCUAUACCAGUUGUUGACGAAGCGGCGGGGGCGGUAGGCAGAUUCGCCGCGACGCGGGUUCCACAUCUACCCAGAGUUGCCGAGGCCACGGCGAUAGCAGAUCCAGAGACCAAACCACAACCUCGCACGCCCCAGAAAACCCCUCCGGAGGAGGUAGUCCAAGCUUCCCUUACACUCAAGUCUGAGCCAAAGGCUCGGUUUGAGGAGGAGGAAAAAGCCAUGAAGUGCGAACCUCUCCCAACCGACACGAUACGUGAAAACGCCGGUAAUGCGGUAAUGGUCCUCAAGUCCAACGGGUCGAAAAAGAGGAAAGUGGAGAGCAUGUAA